CAUGUGACCGAUGUCAACAAGGAAGUUCUCCUUGUCUUUGAAUACAAGGCGCCAGCAGUAGCUGUAGAUUCACAACUUAAAAGCGCCACCGGGAUGCCCUCUUCGGAGCCGGUUCAGCUGGGUCGGAAACUCGCCCUGCCAUCCUGCCCGAACCCACUCUUUCUUCAGUGGCUCACCGAGCUCCGGGACGAGGCGAAAGAGAGGGGACUGAAAAUCCAGCACACCUACCAGAAGGCAAUCAGCUCUUUGAGUAAAUAUCCAUUACCACUGCAAAACGCCAAAGAGGCAAAAAUUCUCCAAAACUUUGGAGACGGCAUCUGUAAAAUACUGGAUGAAAAACUGCAGCGAUACUACAGAGAGAACGGUGCCAACGCUCCCAUUCACUGCCUCCCGAAAGGAGGGCCCCCUCCUGACAGAACACGCAACAACAACAACCUGGCGCCCUCCAGAAAGAAGAAUGCUGCAGGUGAUGAUGGGAAGGACGGAGGAGGAGGAGGAGGGAAGAAGAAGAAGAAGAGGGAGUAUGUGCCCCAGAAGAGAUCUGGGGGAUAUGCUGUAUUGCUUACUCUUUACAGACAUUUACAGAUUCCAGGUAGCAAAGGUUACAUGUUUAAGCUGGAACUUCAAGCAGAGGCUCAACAUCUCUGUGACAAAUCUUUUACUGUGCCUGAUCUUGGCAGUAAGUACACUGCCUGGUCCUCAGUCAGCACUCUGAUCCAGAAGAACUUGGUGAUUAAGACUCACAGUCCUGCAAGGUUUUCCCUGACAGAACAAGGUCUGGCUUUGGCCGAGCGAUUGGCAUCAGUAGAGCAGGAAACUAAGGAUGGUCCAGAGGGGGAUAGGGAGGAGGUCAGAAGUGAGGGAGAGGAGUUGGAGGAGGAUGAGGAAGGGGUAGUUGAUCUUACUGAGAGUGGUGAGGAUGAAGAGGAGGAGCAUCCAAGACUUACAGAAAGAGCUGCCUGUGGCACUCAGCCCAUAAGUUGUGAGGAUCAGUGUUCAUUAGGAAAACUCCCGAAUGUACAGACGACAAGCAGGAAGCCAGGCGGAGAACAUCUUCUGCCUGGAACAUAUGAGAUUAUCCUCUGUGUUGACUUCAUUGAAACCACUGGCGGCAGCCACCACCGCAAGCAGGAGCUGGUCAAAGAGCUUCAGAGAAACGGAGUUAACUUCGACAUCAGGAAACUUAAUGUUGGAGACUUUCUGUGGGUGGCUCGGGAAAAGGUCACACCUGUUCCAGGUCAGCUGCGAGCUCCCACAGGCAAAGAGCUCGUGCUUGAUUACAUAAUUGAGAGGAAGAGGAUGGACGAUCUGUGUGGUAGCAUCAUUGACGGGCGCUUCAGAGAACAGAAGUUUCGUCUGAAGAGGUGUGGCCUUCAUAAGCCCAUCUACUUAGUGGAGGGGAGUGGGUCGGCUGCUUCUCACCUGAGUUUACCUGAAACUACCCUGCAGCAGGCCAUAGUCAACACACAGGUAGUUGAUGGUUUCUUUGUGAAAAGAGUUCAGGAUGUGAGAGAAUCGGCAGCCUACCUCACUGUGAUGACACGAUAUCUGGCUAAACUGUACCAGAACCGAACGCUGAUCUGUCGCUCCAGAGAGCUGGAGGGGGAUGUGAGGAGCGAUGAAGAGAGAGGAACCCCCUUUUGCUCUCUUAUAUCCUUUGCAGAGUUCAACCACGGCGCAGUCAAAAACAAGUGUCAGACGGUGAGAGAAGUGUUUGCCAGACAGCUGAUGCAGAUUAGUGGCUUGUCUGGAGACAAAGCAGCUGCCAUACUGGAGAAGUACAGCACUCCACACAGUCUUCUCACGGCAUAUGAACAGUGUGCAAGUGAAGCAGAGAAAGAGAAACUCCUUUCCUGCAUCCGAUAUGGGAAACUCAAAAGGAACCUGGGUCCAGCUCUAAGCAGAACUGUGUAUCAGCUGUACUGUACUCAAGGAGCACUUUCAUGAAUGCAACACUCACUGAUUCAACGAUGGUCCCUCAUUUUACAAUGGAAAAUCCUUUUCCUCGUCCAUCUGUAAUCUAGCCUUUAUUUGAAUUGACUUUGAGAGCGAUUCAUGUACUUUUCAAGAUGCUGCUAUAUCUUAACGAUUGUAAAAAGUUCCUACUGGAAUUGUGUAUUAAGAGUUCCUGUAUCCUAAUAAAGUUUAUUUUGUAG